UUUUCGCGAUUUUCAUUUCGUUUUUCUUCUCGUGUGCAGCAGAGUGAAUAGGGUGAAAACGAGACCGUUCCUCGUGCGACAAGACAGUGCUUCUGGGGUGUGCGAUUAAACUCUUGAUCCGCACUUUCGUUCAAGCGUGGCUAACGUAAGGAGGGGCUCAACAUAUCUGAGGAAAAAUCACGCCGGAGAUCCAGAGGAACGCCUCCGUUCCGUUCCGCGCGCGCGAAUCGCGAGUCGUCGGCUGGCGAACGAGAGAAAAUUCUAAGUGACGGCUCUCCGAGUGUCCGCUUAUCCGGCUGUUCGGCCACCUCGUCGUCGGCUCUCGCCGUGAGAGAAGUCGUGAAAAGAAAGUGUGAGCAUGUGCGCGUGUUACAAAGUCAGCGUGUAAUUAAAAUUAUGCAUGCAACUGCAUCUGAAAUAACGUGUGUCCAAACUCGCGCGAGAGGAUAUUCACACCCGCGCGCGUGACUCAUCGGCGUGCCGUUGAUCUUCGGUACUAAAGAAUCACGCAAGAGCGGAAGCAGUUUCAAGAAGAGCACGUGUUUGUCUGUCCGGGGUGCCUGAUCGAGGAAACCGAAUACCGCAUGAGACCAUCACUCGAUAAAACAAAGAGGAUAUUCGGAAGGGACGAUGUCAACGGUGGACAAAGUGGAUGAUCAGAUUUCUGACGCUAGUAAGCCGCAGCAAAAUGGUCACGAGACUAACAAGAGCGAGGAGCUGCAGCUUCAGGACGUCAAUGACAAUAACAACGACGAGACCAUCGAAGUGGAAAUGGUUGUACCACCUGACGGAGGAUGGGGCUGGGUGAUUGUUGCAGCCUCCUUUAUGUGCAACUUUUUCGUCGACGGUAUCAUUUUCAGUUUUGGCGUAUUUCUCAACGACAUCGCAGAUGCGUUCUCUGUUUCGAAAGCGAGUGUUGCAUUCGUUAACUCGUUACAGAGCGGAUUUUAUCUUAUGGCGGGUCCCUUCGUAUCCGCCCUUGCCAAUCGAUACGGCUUUAGACUGGUGGCGAUAUUAGGAAGUGUGAUAAGCUGUGCCGCCUUCGUCCUCGCGUUCUUCAGCACUUCUAUCGAAUUCCUUUACAUUUCUUAUGGUGUCAUCGGUGGUAUUGGGGCAGGUCUAAUAUACGUGCCGGCCGUGAUAACUACCGGUUUUUAUUUUGAAAAAUGGCGAGCCUUAGCCACAGGUAUCGCAGUAUGUGGUUCCGGUAUCGGUGCAUUUUUACUCGCACCGCUUUCGAAUAUACUCUUGAAAACUUUUGGUUGGAGAGGAGCUUUUCUGUGUCAAGCAGGCAUGUUAUUACAUUGUGCCAUAUUCGGCGCGAUGUUCCGUCCUCUAAAACCAACGAGGAUUAAGGUAAAGAAUACUCCGGAAAACGCUGCGCUCGAGGUGAAAACUACGUUGAUAGGAAAAGGUGUGUCCACGACCUCGUUGCACUGUGUGCAGCCGAAUAGAAGCGGAUUCUUCGGCACGAAUAAUAAUACGGAAUAUCCGACGGCGGCAGAACUCCUCGGCAGCAGCCCUAACAUAGUAAACGCAUCCAAAUCCCUGCAUUCGUUGCACAAGGUGCAUGUGGAAACUCAAAUCUUGGAGAGAAAUAUAAGCACUUCGGAGAAACGGUUAUCCGCGCCAAUAUAUCCUAUGGAUGGUCCCGAUUUGGAUGCUAUGACUAACGAAGAGAAGAUUGCUGAGGAGAACAAUCUGCUCAGUGGCGACUUAGAGCGAUUGAAUGGGAAAGUACCGACGAUUCGUCGACAUACGAUAAGUCGUCUCCGAACGAAUUCAGAAUGCAGCCAAAAAUCUCUUCGAAUAGGCAAACGUAACUCGAAAGAUCCACAAAGACCGUUCUACAGAGACGACAUCUUCUACGGCGGCUCUUUGAAUAGACUUCCUCAUUAUAGGUCUCAGCAAUCGUCGGUCGGUUACCACAUGUCAGUGACGCGAUUGCCAACAGCAAAGGAUGUGGCAGAGGAAGAAAGCGGAAGUUUCUACCUGUGUCCGGAAAGUGUGCGACGAAUUUUGACCACAAUGCUCGAUUUGAGCCUUCUAAAAAGUCCGUCUUUCUUAAUAUUAGCAAUCUCUGGUGGGCUCACCAUGAUGGGCUUUUAUACACCCUUUUUAUAUGUGACAGAUCGAGCAAUAAAGGCUAAUAUUGAUGCUUCAACGGCGAUGUUCCUCGUUUCGGUAAUCGGUAUCGGUAAUACCAUCGGUCGUAUCGUUUGCGGCUUAGCAAGCAGUUUGCCCGGAGUUAAUGCUUUAGUCGUGAACAAUGUAUUUAUCAGUGUCGGUGGUUUAGUAACUAUAUUUUCCGGCCUUUCUUUAACUGAGGGAUAUCAAUUCUUUUAUGCAGCCAGCUUUGGUAUCAGUAUAUCCGUCUUCGCUUCCCUCAGAUCGAUCCUUGUCGUGGAUCUAUUGGGCUUAGAAAAACUAACAAAUGCUUUUGGGCUGCUUCUUCUGUUCCAAGGUGUGGCAGCGACUGUAGGCGCGCCUCUCGCAGGUGCAUUUAUGGAUGCGACUGGGAGCUAUGAUGCCUCGUUCUACCUGUCUGGCAGCUUGAUUCUUAUGUCAGCUGUUAUCUGUUAUCCGUUAAAGAGGAUCAACAUGUGGGAGAGGCGCGACGAGAAGAAACCAACCGCGAUAGAACCCUCCGCAUCCUGA